AUGGAAUUAACAUUAGAAUAAAGUAAAUAGUUUUUAUAGUACCUAAUAGAAUUAGGGGUGAUUACUCCUAAAGAGGAAAUAAAUAUCGUUGAAAAAAUUAGUACUUAAUCUAAAAGAUGUUUAUUCUUAUUUGCUGAUUUUUUAAAGUGUCUUACUCCUUCUGAUUGUUACGAUGUAGCUUUAAGGAUGAUGCAAGUAUGGAGUGAAAAAUUAUAAAAAUUAAAUCAAAAAUAAAAUUAUAAUCAUGAGUAAGUUAAAAGAAAUAGUAAAAUACCUUCUAUUAUAACAGAAGAGGAGAAUGAAGAUACUUAAAUAGAAUUACCAAAUGAAGUACCCAGUAGUACAAACUAAAAAAAUAUUUCAGAAAUUAUGAAAAAGCACUAGCAAGGAGUGCUUUAAGGAAUUAAUGAUAUAAAAAAAGAUUAAUAAUAAGCUGAUGAUAUAAAUGAAAUAUCAAAUAACUCGCUUCCUAAUGCCUUCUACUAAAAUUAUUGUAAACCUUCUUUUUAAAAUUUAUCUAAGCAAGAAGUAGAGGUUUAGAGAAAAAAAAGGAUGGAUCGCACAUUUGUGAAUGAAUAAUUGGAGAAAGUAUCAAAGUUAUUUAAUUUUAAGAUAAAAGUUCAUUUAAGGUAUUCUUUUUAGUUGCUAAAAAACCAUGUAUUAAAAAAAAAAAUAAAUUGCCAUAGUGUUGUUUUAGCUGAUUCCAAACAGAAAUAAUUAAAUUUGAAUUAUAACUUUUCAAAUAAUCUCAAAAGUUAAACACCUAAAACCCUAAGCUAAUAAGAAAAGACAAUUAGUAAUAAUACAAAUAAAUUUUUUACUUACAAGGAAUCUUAAUAAAAUCGUAGUUUGAUAGAUUUACACAGUUCAAGUAGAAUUCAAUUAAAUAAAUAGCAUCCAGAAAAUGACAUACCUUCGUUAAAAUAAUUUGAUAACAUUUUAAAGCCUUAUUAGAAUUAAAUCUAAUAAAUGAAUUAGAACAAAGAAGGGGGUUUAGAAAAUACUUAAAAUUAUAAGAAUGAUCAAGUAUUUAUUAGUAAUAAUAGCAGCAUGAGUUAUAAUAAUAAUAACAAUAGUUUACAGAGCCAAGCAAUUAGUUUAUAACAAAGUCUGAAAUCUGAGGAAAAUAAGGCCUGUACCUUUCGUCCUCUUUCGACUCUUAUUAGUCCUACAAAUAAUACAGCAAUAAAAUUCAAUUUUUCUGCAUUGAAUUCUGCUAAUGCUACUCCCGAGCUCUAUAAUAGGUAAAAGUAUUUUCAAUAUAAAGAAUAAAUAAUGGAGUACAGUCCAUCUUCUUAAAGUGGAGAAAAUACCUAAGCUAAGAAUAACUAUUCUUAAUUAUUUUCUUGUGAAAAAAUCUAAGAAAAUAUUUGCUAACAAUAAAAUAUAACAAAAAAUUAGUUAGAUUUAGAAGUUAAAAACUAAUUAAAUUACUAAUAGAAUUAAUUUUUUGAUAAAGAAGAUGAAGAAAUACAAAAAGAGUUUUGUUAAGAUUUAGGGUUGUAAAAUUGCUAAGAAAAAAAUGAUUUAAGAUAAAUAAAUUAACUAGAAAAUGAAACAAGUUAAAACGAUUUUGAAUGGAAUGAAAAUGAAAUUUCAAAACGAAAUGUCUAAAAUUAAAACAAUUCAAAUUUUUAACAUAAAGAUUUUAAUGAAUUGAAGAACAAAAGUGAUAGGUAGGGUUUAAAUGGUUAACAUAAUUACCAAUUUACUACAAAUAUGCAAUAAAACUCUAAUUAAGCUUGCUAGCUAGCAAAUAUUCACAAUUACUCUCAUAUAUCUAAAAAUUUAGAUGAUUCUACUUCAAUAAAUUUUGAAUCUAGUUUAAGGAGUCUCACCAAACCUUUGAAUAACGCACAAAGAUUUUAAUCAUAAAAUAUAUUCACUAAUAGUUAAAUGAAUUCUUUCUUUAUGCAGUCUUAAGAUGCAUUUGCAGCUUAAUAAAAUUAAAACUUAUCUUAAUUUGGAGAAUAAUUAGCUAUAUCAUAGAUAAAUCCAUUUAUUUCAGAAAUUUAGUUUUCUAAUAAUAAAAAUCAAUUUGACUCAAUAAAUGACUAAUUAUAAAAUAUAAAUAACAACAAUGAUUUAUCCUAAUUUGAAAAUUCUGUUGUCGGUAAUCAUGGUUAAUAUAAUUAAUAAUUUAUACAGUAACAAAACAGGGAACUUUAAGAUUAAAUAAAUAUUAAAACAAGAUUAUAUAAUUAGUAAAAUUAGACUUAAUGUUUAGAUAAUGAAGGCUAACCUCAGAAGUGUAUAGACUAAAACCUAAACCUAAAAAAUUAAAAUAACUUAGAUUAAGAAAAAUAGAUGCAACAUAUUUAUAUCUAACAAGAAGAUAGCCAAUUAUUAACUGAUGAAGAUUUGUCAAAUCAGAAUUCUGUUUCAAAAUACUAAAAUAUUUAUUAAAAUUUUACGAAUUAAAAUAAUUUGAUUUUAUAAAUAUAACAAAAUAAAUAAAUUAAAUAGUAAGAUCUGUAAUUCAAUAGAAAAGAUUCGGAUAGUAAUCAAGUAGUUUAAGAAGCUAAAACCCAAUUUAAUAAUCUAUAAUAAAUAGGUAAAUAACUUUUAAACCGCUAGCAAGAUAGUUUUAAUAAUUAAGAGAAAAUGACGGAUUUAAAUUUGAUUUAUCAAAUAAAUAAACUACCUUAGUAUUGUUUUGAUGAGGAUCAUUGCCAAGAUACCUAUAAUACUAAUAAUCAAUAUAUACAGGAAGAAAGAGAUUUAGAAAAAACUAAAUCACAAGAUUAAAAUGAAAAAUAACUUAUGGUUUCCAAUAAAGAAGCUAGUUAAAAACUAUAACAACAAACAAUAUUAACUGAAGAGGGAGUUAAUAAGUAUGUUUCAACAUUUUAAUAAAAAACUAAUCUUUAAGUAAAUAUUGAUCAACCUGAAUAAGCACAACAUUUAUCAAUUUAACCUUGUUAACUAUAAACUUAAAAGCUGCAUAAUCUAGAUACCUAAGAAAUAUCAAAUUAAAAUAAAGAAAAUACAUAAAAUAAUAGCCAAAAGAAUCAAAAUAUUAUAAAUAAGAGUAAGUCUGCUUAAAUUUUACAUGAAUUAUAUAUCGAUUUUGAUAACGAAACCAGUUUAAACUAAUAAAGAUAAUUAUAAUAAAAAUCUUCACAAAAUUCACAAACCAAUAAAUAAAAUACAAAUAAUCAAGUAGAUUCCGUUCAUGAAAAAUUAUAUAACUUAAGUAAAUCCAAAGAUUAAGGGUAAAAGGCAUAUGAAAGCAUGAAAAUAAAAUAAGAGCUUAAAAACUGCACUUUUAUGCCAAAGUUAGUAUCUAAACAUAAGUCUAGUCCUUCUUAUAGUGUUUCAUAGAAAAAUUAAAAGAUAAAUGUUCAAAGUUCCAAAGAAAAUAUUUUCAAAUCUGAAAAUGUGAAUUUCACAUUUGAAAAUUUUGAUAACAGUGCUACAGAAAUCUAAAAGCUUCCAAUAAAACAAUAAGAAGAAUAUGAAAAAAUAAAAGUUGGUGAAUCAUAAGAAAUAGAACAAAAAGAGAGAUAAUUAUUAGGUAGCUCCUAAAAAUAGCUUACAUAUUCAAGGACUUCUAAGGGAAGUUUACAUAAUAAUAGUGAAAAAGAUUCUCUAUCAUAAAAAGAUUAACAAAAAAACUUAUCUGUGUUUGAAAAGCUAUAUUAAGAUAAUCAAAUAAAAUUAAUUAAUUAAUCAAUUAAUUAAAGAGUAUAAAUUUAAAAUGAACUACAAAAGUGCACUUUUAAACCUAAUAUUUGUGAGUAGUCAAUAAGACUCUCUAGAAGUAAAUCUCCUUAGUCCAUUAUAAUGGAUUAAAAUAAUAUUAGAAAAGAAAAAUCUACAUUUUAGGAGAAUAAUUCAACUUUAAAUAAUAAUUUAACUUAAAAAUAAAAUAUGAACUCUCUAAAAAAUAUAAAUGAUAUUCCUGAUAUUAAUAGCAAUUAAUAUUAAAACUAGAGUACUUUUAAUUUAAAAAAGGAAAAGCAAUAAAUAGGCAGUUUCUAAGAUGUUGGUAUUGACCAGAAUUUUUCAUCCACAAAUAAAAUACUUUCAAAGAAAUCUUCUUCAUUAAAGCCUAUGUUAAAAGGGUGUAUUGAUGCUAAUAUAGAUAAUAUUUACUCUAAAACUAAUAAUUAAGGAUAAUAAUUUUUGAAUAACCAUUUUAUUCCAUUUAACUAAACUUUACCAUCCACCCCAAAACUUAACUCAACUUCCACAACUUUUGAUCAAAUUAUAUCUAAAAAGUUUAAAGUAGAAAAACUCUCAGACUAUAAUUCAGUUUAGAUCCCAAGUUUACACUAAUAAUUAACUUCUGAAAGCACAAACAGUACUUUAAGAGGUGCUUAAUCUGUAAGAAUGCAAAAAUCUAUCUCUUUUAGUGAAAAAUUAAAGAAAGAUUAAUAGAAAAAUUAAAAAAUGCAAGAAGAUUAAAAGUAAGCUUAAGGAAGCCCACUUAUUUAAAAUUGUAAAUAUUUUUAAGAUGACAUAAUAGAUGAAAAUGAAAUAGGUCAAUUAAAAGAUAAUAACCAACCAUAAUAAUUUAGCAUUAAUUGA